AUGCCUGGUGAGCGCAACAUGGAAGAAAGCCAGAUCGGCGCAAUGAAACACUUAUCAACCAUUCCUAAGAAGGACUACGAGUCUCCUUCGUCGCCUUCGACAAUGAAGCAAUCUACGGACAGCAAACAGAAAGAGACAACUUUCGUCGAUAUUCAACCAGAAAAAUACACCACACCCCCAAUCCUUCCGGAUUGGUGCUUCUCAAAUCUCGGAAGCUUUUACAAUCCAGCCGCUUUUUCGAUGCCAUUUGGGGCAGGUAUUGAACAGACCUACCUUGGUGCGAGCCCAAAUCCUUCCCAACAAGUACCAGGAAACUGGAAUCCAGACAUGGGUCCAGUUUGUCCCCUCUUACCUCAAGAGGGAAGCAUCCCAAAUGCAUAUUCUUUUGCAGACAGCUAUCAACACCCAUCAACAUUUCAGCAAGCUGAGGCAGUUUGUCCGAAUCCAGACAUGAGUCCAGUCUAUAACUUCUUACCUCAACAGGGAAGUAUGCCGAAUGCAUAUCUCUUUCCAGACAGCUAUCAGCAAUCCUGGCCCUUCCAGCAGGCAAAUUCAGUACCUUGGUUCACGUCACCUGAUUCGUCGUUUGGAAUGAAUUCGACCACUUCAAACAUCCCCUCAAUUAUCACUUCUACACCCAUUGCUUCCCAAAGUACUACUCCUAUCUCACAUAAUGAGUAUGACUCCACUAUGGAUAUACCAAAGCCGCAAUGGGAUGUCCAGAUCACCGCGGAGGUGCCUGACGCAAGCAGUGAAAGAAAUAAACAGCACUGGAGCACCGACGAGACGAAGGGUGGUCUCGUCGCUGCUGCCAGACAUUUCAAUGCUAAGGAAGCUAACGAGGCAACUGAGAAACUCAUUCAGGCUCUCAGACAACAAGGGAUAUUGAAUUGUGAUUUUCAGAAGAAGUCCGAUGACCUCCGCACCAAGCCGCUCCAGUAUUCUCGAGCUCGGGCUGGUUCGGAGAGCAACCUCAAGAAAUUGCAAGAGCAAGAAGAUGAUGUCGACAAAUUUCGGGAUCUGGAGGAGCGCCUCGUCCAAGCCGCCAUCGAUCGAGAUCUUGCCGAGGGCGACCUCAAGACAGAAUUACAGGUGAGCGUGGAUAAGGCCAGCGAUCUCGAAGAGAAGCUGCACAAAACUCUUGGAGAUCAAGAAACAUUGCGACAGGAGCAACAGAAGAGCAGCGGGAAAAUUGACGAGCUGCAAGCCAAGGUACUUCAGACUGCUCGAGACCAAUUGUGGGAGAAACAAGCACUCAAAAGAGAACAAGAUGAUUCUUUGACUAAGAUCAGUGAUCUCAAGACCAUGCUAGGCCAGGCUGUUGCUGAAAAAUACAGUCUGGAAGGUCAGCUCGAGACGGAGCAGGAGAAGAACAACACCCUGGCAAAUGAUGUUGACAAUUGGUUGCUUCAAUCCGAUCGAGUUCGGGAAGCUUACAGUGACCUCCAGAAAGAAUACAAGAAAACUCUCGAGAAAUUCGACGAUCUCGAAGAAAAGCUGCGUCAGGCUGCCCUUGACCAACUGAAUUUUGUUGGUCUGGCCAAGGAACAUAACAAGGCUCCCGAGACUGUCGAUGAGUUGCAGGCAAAGCUGCUUCUUGCCACACAAGAGAAGAACGCUUUGGAAGAUAAAAUGGAAAAGGAAGAGCAAUUUGGUAGCAAGGACACCGAAGAAUUUGAAGUUGAGUUGCUCAAUGAUCCUGAGCCAGAGGCUGUGCUGGAUUAUAAAUUGAGCAGUAAAGGUCACGCAGCAUUGCUUUCCGAGGGCCCAGCUACCACACAAGAUACCUUCAACCAUUGCGUUGACAAUUUCUUUGCGGAGCCAAUCCAAACAACAAACGAGCCGCAGCCAGGCGACUGCAUCUAUUGUGCGGAUGACAAUUGCGAUGGAGACUCCCAUGCAUCGGUGAGAGAGCACAACCUUCAUAGUACCGACACCACCGACAGCAUGGACAUCCAGGGAUCAUCCGUUAGCGAGGAAAGCUUUACCUCCGAGGCUACACUUCAAGACACCACCUGUUCCAACGUUGAAGAUAGUGAAGACUCAUCAGCCUUUGCUUGUACUCCUGAGGUCGAAGACAACAACUGCGGUGAUCAACCCCAAUCUGCCGUUGUCACCCCUUCUGACAAUGAACCUGGGCCAACUAUCCUUUGGGGAAUUCUUUCACAGGAGCCGAUUAUUCCUUACAAUAAUGCGGGGUCCCAAAUUACUGGCAGUGAUGCCCAGGUGGUGCAACCCGAGUUCCCAGAGUUCCCAGAGCCUUCCGCAUAUACAAAAUCGUCCGCUCCUGUCACUGUAGAAGGCUUUCCGUUCCUCUUUGUGUUGCUCGCGGUCUUCAUCGCCUCUCUCAGUUGGUUUGUAGGAUCGAGAAUCGACGGAUUCGAUCUUGCAAUCUCACUUGCACUGUUUACGUACUUCACAUCUGUCCUUCAUGAAACCGAAGGCCAAGGAACUGUUGCCGCUCCCACAAACAUGCCAGCAUUCGCUGAUACACCGCCUGUCAACAUUGCAAAUCUUCAAGUGGUGCCAAUUCAGAGCCGGCUGCUCCUGCCUCAUCACCGCUGGUGCCUCAGAGAAGAAUGA